UAAAGGGUGUGGAAGUGUUCCAAGAGAUGCACAGCUAAUCCAGCUUCUCUCUAUUCCCCUCCAAUACAUACAGCUAUUAUUUUUAAGUGUGUCUUGAGGCUUGCUAGCUAGCUGCUGCAGCCAUUUAGACAAAGGGAACCUGCAUAUAUUGUAUAGGGAAAGAAGGGUGAAAAUGAAGACAAAGAUGGGUGAGAACAUUGCAGCAAAAAACCAGCUUUCCCACCACCAAGUUUUCGAUGUCUCAGUCGACGUCCAUCCACAAGGCGGCUCCAAGUGCUUCGACGACGAUGGUCGUCUCAAGCGAACGGGGACGGUUUGGACUGCUAGUGCUCACAUAAUUACAGCUGUGAUUGGGUCCGGGGUUUUGUCCUUGGCUUGGGCCAUUGGUCAGCUGGGAUGGGUUGCUGGCCCUGCAGUCAUGUUCUUGUUUUCUUUUGUCACUUACUACACUUCCACACUCCUCUCUGCAUGUUAUCGUUCUGGGGACCGUCACACUGGCAAGAGAAACUAUACCUACAUGGAUGCUGUGCGAUCAAACCUUGGUGGAGCAAAGGUCAAGAUAUGUGGGCUAGUUCAGUACUUGAACCUCUUUGGAGUAGCCAUUGGCUACACCAUAGCAUCAUCCAUAAGCAUGAUGGCAAUCAAAAGGUCUAAUUGCUUCCACAGCAGUCAAGGCAAUGAUCCAUGCCAAAUCAACAGCAACCCAUACAUGAUUGCUUUUGGCGUUGUUGAAAUACUUUUCUCUCAAAUUCCAGACUUCGAUCAGUUGUGGUGGCUCUCCAUUGUGGCAGCUGUGAUGUCCUUCACUUAUUCAACAAUUGGUCUUGGCCUUGGUGUGGCCAAAGUUGCAGAAACUGGAAAGUUCAGGGGAAGUCUGACUGGAAUAAGCAUUGGCACUGUGACUCAAACACAAAAGAUAUGGAGGAGCUUCCAAGCACUGGGGGACAUAGCUUUUGCGUACUCUUACUCCAUGAUCCUUAUUGAAAUUCAGGACACAGUUAAAUCCCCACCUUCAGAGUCCAAGACAAUGAAGAAGGCCACUCUACUUAGUGUUGCAGUCACAACCCUUUUCUACAUGCUCUGUGGGUGCAUGGGUUAUGCUGCUUUUGGGGACCUCGCCCCCGGAAACCUCCUCACCGGUUUUGGUUUCUAUAACCCAUAUUGGCUUCUGGACAUAGCAAAUGCUGCCAUAGUAAUCCACCUUGUUGGUGCAUACCAAGUUUAUUGCCAACCCCUGUACGCAUUCAUUGAGAAAAGCGCUAAAGAAAGAUUCCCGGAUAGUGAUUUUGUCAACAAAGACAUCAUAAUCCCGAUCCCUGGUUUCCAUCAUCCCUACAGACUCAACCUCUUCCGGUUGUUUUGGAGGACAAUUUUUGUGAUCAUAACCACUGUGAUAUCAAUGCUUCUACCCUUCUUUAAUGAUGUGGUAGGACUUCUUGGGGCUCUGGGUUUUUGGCCUCUCACAGUUUACUUCCCUGUGGAGAUGUAUAUAGUGCAAAAGAAGAUACCCAAGUGGAGCACAAAAUGGCUUUGCCUUCAAAUCCUGAGUGGUGCUUGCCUCAUCAUCACCAUAGCCGCAGCUGCUGGCUCAAUUGCGGGGGUUGUUCUCGAUCUCAAGUCUUAUAAGCCCUUCGCCACCAGCUACUAGGUUGAAGUUCAACGCAAUCAUCAUUGCACAUCAACUGAUCUAAAGCAAAGAAAGAAACAGCCUUUCGAAUUUCAAUUCUUGUUCAUGCUCAUGACAAGCUUAAAUGGAUGUUGUUAACUAUCAAGGUUAUUGCUUAGCAGACUUCUGUUUUUCUUUUUACUGUUUUCAAGGAAAGAAAGACGUCACCCUGUAUGUAACAUAUUGGAAUUAAGCAAAAGUUCUGUCCAAAUCUAAUUACUUCCUUCA